AUGAAGCUAGUCCCGCGGUUAACAAGGAGUAAAUCCUACACCUUCCCAGCCUUCUCGCCGGGCAAAGACUCAUGCUUUCUUCUCUCACCAAUGCAUCAGAAGUCCGAGCUUCGAGUUCGAGCCUUGUUCACACACUGCUUAUAUCGGAGAGUCAUAUUAUGGACCGCUACUGUGCUCGUCCUCGUCUUCCUAAGCCUGUUUUCCCACGGGCUACGUCCAGGGAGUGGAAGGAUACUGGAUCUGGUCAACUUCCGCAAUGGAGGCCAAGAUAAGGCGGCUGCAAGUGCACAGGACAGUCGCAAGGAUGGCUUGGGCACAGAGGAGAAGCAGAACAUGCCCCACUGGAUCAAGUACAGGCAUCUUGAUGGCUACUUCACCGGACUGAAGGCGAUAGUGCCUUUGUCGAACUACACGCCCGAGUUCCCGAGAGGAGGGGACGAGAAACCACCGCCCUCCAUAAUUAUAACCAAUAACGGUCUACCAACUCCGACGCCGUUCAUUCCAUAUCCCGACUAUAAGUCUUCAGAGUACACAAGUAAGCACCACAAGGUUCGUCCCUGCUACCUGGACCCGGACGAGACGAUUCCCGCCCCAGAUCUGUACGCCUACGACGGUGUCGUCCAGGGGCAGCCCGAGCCUGUGAUCGGAUCACACAGCGUCCUCGGCUUGAGAGAUGAUAUAUGCUUCGACCGCUUUGGCCGAUAUGGCCCGUAUGGCCUGGGGUACAGCUAUGAUCAAGGUGGCCUGCAGGAAGGCAUGGACACGGAGAGGAGAGGCAGCGAGAUUGUCUGGUCGAAGACGGGUAAGAUCGAUUACGGCAUCAUCGACUGGGGCGAUGCCCAGGAGAGAUGCAACGAGGCCAACAAGGAACGCUUCAGCGCCCCGGACGAAGACGAGUCACUGUCGACGGUGCCCGCCCCGGUCUCCGAGAAGCAGCGCAAGGACGAGGAGCAGGCGCGACUGCAGCAGAACGGGAAGCAGAAGAUCGACCGCAUCGCCGUCGUCAUCCGGUCGUACGUCGGCUUCAAGUGGACGCGGCACGCCAUCCUCAACUUCCGCGCCAUGAUCUCGGAGCUGGCGCUGCGGUCGGGCGGCGAGUACACGGUGCACUUCCUGCUGCACGUGCGCGACAACAAGAUCCCCAUAUGGGCGGACGCCGAGACGGCGCAGCGCGUGCUCGACGAGAGUGUGCCGGCUGAGUUCCACAGCAGCUGCACGCUGUGGUCCGAGGCGCAGAUGCGGCUCAUGUACCCGGGCGACUUCUCGCCGACCGUCGAGAACCCCAGCCGCGCCGACGUCCACGGCGUCUACCGGAGCGCCCACAUGCCGCUGCAGCACUUCGCCCUGUCUCACCCGGAGUACAAGCACUUCUGGAACUGGGAGAUGGACAUGCGCUGGCUGGGCAACUACUACGAGCUGUUCGACCGCCUCGGCGCCUGGGCCCGCGACCAGAGCCGCGUGGGCAUGUGGGAGCGCAACGAGAAGUACUACCUGCCGCACCUGCACGGAUCCUGGGAGAACUUCACGGAGCAAGUGCACGUCGAGACGAGGGAGGCGGGCCGGCGGCCGGUGCUGGGGCCGGUGCUGUUCGCGGGCCGCAGCGGCGUCCGGGCCGAGGAGCAAGGGGCGACGUUCCUGCCGAGCGGCUGCGGGCGGGGCUCCGAUCCGGAGGACAUGAUGCGGUGCGGCGUCGGCGAGGACGCCGACCUGAUCACGCUCAAUCCGCUGUUCGACGCCGAGGAGAGCGGCUGGGUGUUUGCGCGGGACGUGACGGGCUACGACGACAGCUACCCGCCGCCGCCGCGGCGGAGCGCCAUCAUCACGGCGAGCCGGCUGAGCAGGCGCCUGCUGGCGGUGAUGCACGAGGAGACGUGGAGGCUGCGGCACAGCAUGUUCAGCGAGAUGUUCCCGGGGUCGAUGGCGCUGCACCACGGGCUCAAGGCGCUCUACGCGCCGCACCCCGUGUUCCUCGACCGCGAGUGGGGGCUCGACACCGUCGACGCCAACUUCAACGGCGGCAGGGACCGCUCCACCGGCGGCCACGGCAGCCCCUUCGACCUGGCCAACGAGCACAACCACAAGGGCGCCAGCUGGUACUACAACAGCGAGUUCGCGGGCCUCCUGUGGAGGCGCUGGCUAGGGUACGCGCAGGCCGACGGCAGGGGCAGCGACGGCGGGCGCGCCGGCGAGGGGACGCCCAGGGGCGGGCGCGAGGAGGAGGAAGGGCCCGGGGGGACGGGCCGGAUGUGCUUGAGGAGCAUGCUGGUGCACCCGAUCAAGUGGGAGAAUCCUGGCGAGCGCCGUGCAUAA